AUGGUUCGCGCCGCUGCUCACUCGUUGGCCCAUCGGGGGCCACCAACAACGUCACAUUCGCACACUCGGGUUCGCUGGCAGCCCUAUUAUGCCACCCUUUCCUCAGUUUCCUCACGCCCCUCUCCUUCAUAUCUCAUUACUCCAGUCUCAUCUGUAUCAUCCAUUUCACCUUCCCCUCUAUCAGCAUCAGUCUAUGAACCAGACCGGCAGCGAAAUCUUCAAUUUCAUCCCCGAGAAUGUCAGCUCCGCGACUCCCAGAAAUCGAAAUAUGUAACUGGUUUAGUCGAUCAAGCUGUAGGAUCUAUAUGCGACAUAUGGAACCCCCAGGAUAUCCCUUUUGUCUUCUUAACAUCGUCUCGUCCAACUGUGGCUACUGCUUCUACCGACUCCAUUAUUGCAUCUCUCCCAAGUAUUUCACUCCACGGGCGUAAUACUCAGCUCCCCUCUCCCAUAUCUCCAACGACACAGCCAUCUCCCACGCCCGCCCCAUGCAUUCCCGAUUCGUACUCCCUUCAUUCGCCCAAGAUAACCCUGACGCCCGGUUCGAGCGAUCAGGCCCCGCGUUGCGAUGUUGCGCCCAUGAAAGGGUUUGUUCACGAGGUCCUCCGUCGUUCUCGCACGUCAGGCAGCGUUCUACAGACAGCCCUUUGUUACCUGGAAGCUAUUCGCGCCAAGGUCCCAGAGCUGGUCUCGAAGGAGAAGGGUUGCCCUGGAUCCACUUGCGAAAAGGAAUCGGGUGAACGUAUUGUCCAAGGUGAGGUCAGCGCAUUUUGCGCUGGCCUUGAUGGUCCUACCUCUUCGUCGGAAACGUCGGCAGGCAAUGGCUUGCUGGAUACUAUCCGCAUUAAUCCUAUCACACUUGAGGUCGAUUCUGUAUUUGCAGAUCCGGCACUCGACGCAGACAAGGUGUCUCUGCACAAGCCUAAGCAGAGUAGUGGGUGUUUAACGCCGCUUCCCCCACUUCCCUCGCCGCUUUUGUGUCCUCGCCGCACUUUCCUCGCUUCACUGAUUCUUGCGUCGAAAUUCAUGCAAGAUCGCUGUUACUCGAAUCGUGCAUGGGCUAAACUUUCCGGCCUUCCGCCACGGGAGAUUGGCCGUUGCGAACGUGCUCUGGGUGAGGCGCUUGAGUGGCGCCUCUGGGUUGGCAAGUUGCCCGCGGCGCCGGUUGCUACCGGACGCGCCCUCACAAAGUGCAAGAGCGAAAGUAAUAUUUUGCUUAGGAGCAGUCCGAGAACGCACUCUGUUAUGGAGACUAGUCCAGUUACUUCACCGAUAUCGGUAGGCUCACCUCUGGUGGCAAGGUCUCGUGUGGGUCUCAGGCGGCACGCCACGUUACCCGCACACACCUUCUAUCGCGAGGACUCAUGUUCGGCGACGAUUUCGUCUGUCGUUGAGACUUCGCGGUGGAUGCCAACCGAAUCGAGUCUAGGAAUGGAUAACAGUCCGGACAACUCCGAGAUCAGUCCACCGACGCCUGGUCUCAGCUACUCGCCUACGCCCACAGAGUCUUCACUUGGGGAUCGCACUAUUCAAAUGUCAAGUUUUAUGGACAUGUCGACGCCGCCGCCGCCAUCCUGUCAGUUCGCCGCUUUUUCGAGCGCGCAGAACGAUAAGAUGUUGCAGCCGUCCCUUUGUUGCGUGCCCGAGUAUGUGCUUAUGUCUUGUUGGUUUGGGAGUGCAGCGGCAUUUGCUUAA